GGACGUGCCUGUAGCUAUACCAAAUUGUGUAAGGAGCUAGUACUAAACAUGGUAGGUACAUACCGGUACUCGGUGCUACGGUCGGUACAAUCUUAUCGACGCUUCCUAGCGUCCUCGUCUACACCACCCGUCCAUCACCCAUCCAUCACCCAUCCGUCACAGACUCUAUCGCAAAUUCUAUCAGGAGAUACACUUCAGAAUGUCGAACAACAGCAAUUCCAACUCGACGCCAAGCGGCUCAUCGAACGAGAGCAGUUCCUACACAGUGACUAGCUCCGGCACGAACGAAGCUGGAAACCACUACUGCCACCGCGAUCCUGGUCCAAGUGCUGCGAAUCAGAACUCUUACCAUUACUCUAACACGGACGGCUCGUACUACUACUCCAACUCCAAUGGCUCAACUUACUACAAUGACGGCAACGGCGGCGCUACAUACACAGCGCCUGGAGCCGGGAAGUAGGUGUGCAUUGCGGGGUUUCGUUUGCGGCUCCUACUAGGAUACGGCCAAAUCCGGUAUUAGCGAUGCUUUCUUGUUGCUAGGGGUAUCUUGGUCGUUCGUCUAUGUGACUAUAUCAAUUGUGUUC